AUGACAGAAACACUCGUUCCAAGCCUGGAUCAUGGGCUGCCUCACGCAAUCGACUGGCUUGAACAGCAACAGCGCGUGGAAUUUCGCAGCUACGAGCUUCUCCUCAAGGAAUGCGGCAGCUCCAACUCGCUACUCCAAGGUCAGCGUGUCCACGCUCACAUCGUCCGCUGUGGCCACCACAAGAUCACAUUCGUUGCCAAUCUCCUCAUCCAAAUGUAUGGCCGGUGUCACAGCCUCGAUCAUGCCCGCGCUGUCUUCGAUCAGAUCCUGGAGCCCAAUGUCUUCUCCUUUACGCUCAUCAUCUCCGCCUAUGCCAAGGAGAAUCGCGAUGUCCAGGCGCUGGAGCUCUUCUGGAAGAUGGAGCUCGAGGGUGUGAAGCCGGAUGCGUUCGUUCUCAGCUCGGUCGUGGCGAUUUGCGCGAGGAUUGGGGAUCUCACCAGGGGCAUCGCGAUCCACGGCAGAAUUCUUGCGUCUGGGAUGGAUUCCAACGCCGUGAUUGCAUAUGCCCAAAACGGGCAUCCGCAAAGAGCUCUCCAGCUCUUGUGGAGAAUGGAUCUAGAGGGUGUGAAAAUUAGCAGCGUUACAUUUGUCAUACUCUUGGAUGCUUGCUCUCGUCUCCAAAGCUCGAUCCUGGGUGAAAAGAUUCAUCGCAGAUACGUGCUAUCCUUUGGAAUGGAGGCUGACAGUGUCGUGGAGAGCUCGAUCGUCAACAUGUAUGGAAAAUGUGGAUGCGUGAAACAAUCCUGGGAAGCGUUUGAAUCCUUAGAGAAGAGAGACACCAUAGCUUGGAAUUCGAUGAUCUCGGCCUAUGCCCACAAUGGUUACAGCCACGAGGCAGCCCACCUUUUCAAGUAUAUGAAUCUGGAAGGCACGCCCCCGAGCAGGGUGACUUACCUUAUUCUUAUCGAGGCUUGCUCGAGCUUGCAUCGAUCGGAAAGGCUGGCUCUAAACGAGAGGAUCGCUGCUUCUGGGCUCUUAAAGUCGGAUUUGUUUCUCGGCAAUAGCUUGAUCAGCAUGCACGCUAAAGGUGGCAGUGUUUCCAACGCAAAAACCAUUUUUGAUCAGCUAGAGAAACGCGAUGUGGUUUCGUGGAACACGAUGAUCGCAGCUUAUGCCCAGAGUGGGAAUUUCCAGCGAGCGUGGGUUUUGUUUCGUGGGCUUGACUUGGAGGGCAUCCGACCGGAUGCCGCAAGCUUUGCCUCCAUCCUGGACGCUUGUGGUAUUUGCGAGGGCAUCAAGAUACACAAGAGGAUGAUGGAGGCUGGAACCAAGCUCGACGUGGUGGCAGCCAUUUCUCUGGUUGGCAUGUACGGUCGGAGCGAUCGAGGCUGCGAUGCUCGCCAAGUUCUCAAGUCCAUCCCAGGCGCUCGCCACAACAUCGCCCUGUGGAACGCCAUGGCCACAGCGCUGUUACAAUGCGGUCGAAGCAAGGAAGCAUUCGAGAUCCACCGCGAAAUGGACUUGGAGGGCCUCAAGCUCAACCAGACGAGCUUCGCGAACCUCUUGACAGCGUGCUCGAUCUGCAACGGGCUCUCGCAGGGAAAGGCGAUUCACGAUCGGAUGCUCUCGACCGGAGCCACGCAGAAUCUGGUGACGAGAACCGCGCUCAUCAACUUGUACGGGAAGUAUGGAAAUUUGCAAGAUGCGAAGCGACUUUUCGACGAGAUUCGCGACAAGGACAUUGUUUGCUGGACAGCGAUGGUGGUGGCAUAUGCCCAGCAAGGGCAUGGUUGUGAUGGUGGGGAUGUGUUUAAAGAGAUGAUCCUGGAUGGGAUGCUCCCCAACCAAGUCAGCUUCAUCAGCAUUCUCUUUGGUUGUAGCCAUGCAGGGCUUUUGGAUGAUGGUUGUAGUUAUUUUGUCUCCAUGGUUGGCGAUCACAAUAUCGAGGCCCUGGUGGACCAUUACAUGUGCUUGAUUGAUUUGUAUGGAAGGGUUGGCAAACUGGAUGAGGCACGGGAUCUGAUUGAAAACAUGCCUUUUGAGGCCGAUCGGGUUGCCUGGACAACUUAUAUAGGAGCUUGUGUUACUCAGGAGGAAUUGGGAUGUGGAAAAGAAACCGCACGUUUGGUAGUUAAACUCAAAAAUAAAAACUGA